GACUGCAACGGUGCCCAACCACCGCUAGUCUCGGAGUCGGAGCACCGCACCGAGCGCAAAGACCUCGUCGCGCUCGUCUCCAUGGCGGCCGCGGUGGUGGCCGUGGUUUCCACCUCCGUGUGCAGCUCCUCAAGGCACUCAGGUGGCCCGAGGCCGAGGCCUCAGGCCCGUCUCACCCGUUCGCUCCUCGGCAGGCCGUCGUCGCGCCGAAGGCCGGCGGUCUUGGCCGCGGCGGGCAAGCAGCCGGGAGAGGCGGAGGAGAAGAUCCCCGCCUGGGCCCGGCCGGGCGCCGACGAGCCACCGCCGUGGGCGCGGGAGGGAGGCGGCGCGGGGGGCGCGCAGGAGCCUGGCGCCGGCAACGUCCCGUUCUACGCCUACCUGCUCGCGUCCGCGGUCACCGCAAUCGCCGCCGUCGGCUCCAUCUUCGAGUACACGAACCAGCGGCCGGUGUUCGGGAUCAUCGGCUCCGACAGCGCCCUGUACGCGCCGCUCCUGGGGUUCUUCGUCUUCACCGGCAUCCCAACCUCCGCGUUUCUGUGGUUCAAGGCCGUGCAGACGGCGAACAGGGAGGCCGAGGAGCAAGACCGCAGGGACGGCUUCAUGUGACUCAACUUGCAGCUGCAGGAGAGCACGUCGCUAGUGUACGUAUUCGAUCGACGUGUGAUGUUGUAAAACUGAAGAGAGCAGUGAGCAGAUGAAUCUGCAACGGAAAAGAAAAACGAGCAGAUUAACGAGGGGUUUUCUAUAUCUCUAUAUAACGCAUGGAGUAACAUCCGAGUGCCUGUGUAUGGACGGAAAACAUUGCAUUUCAGUUUUGCUAUUUUUCAAGUGCUCGAAACCCGUUUGUUUUUCAAUCACUCUCGUAAGUCAUUGUAUCAAUGUUCGACUACUUAGGAGUUGAGCGUAGCUGGUUGGAUGUUGAUCCAGUUGUCCCAAGUUGAUGAUUGAAAAAUAAAAUGGUUUCAAACGCUUAAAAAGA